AUGAAGUACGUUGUUGUUUCUGGUGGUGUUAUUUCUGGUAUUGGUAAAGGGGUAUUAGCCUCAUCUACUGGUUUAUUAUUUAAAACUUUAGGUUUAAGGGUUACUUCAAUUAAAAUUGAUCCUUAUAUGAAUAUUGAUGCUGGAACUAUGUCACCAUUAGAACAUGGUGAAUGUUUUGUUUUAAAUGAUGGUGGUGAAGUUGAUUUAGAUUUAGGUAAUUAUGAAAGAUAUUUAAAUAUUACUUUAACUAGAAAUCAUAACAUUACUACUGGUAAAAUUUAUUCUCAUGUUAUUGAAAAGGAAAGAAAUGGUGAUUAUUUAGGUAAAACUGUUCAAGUUGUUCCUCAUAUUACAAGUGCUAUUCAAGAUUGGAUUGAAAGAGUUGCUAAAAUUCCAGUUGAUGAUACUGGUUUAGAACCAGAAGUUUGUAUUAUAGAAUUAGGUGGUACUGUUGGUGAUAUUGAAAGUGCUCCAUUUGUUGAAGCUUUAAGACAAUUCCAAUUUAGAGUUGGUGUUGAAAAUUUUGCUUUAAUUCAUGUUUCUUUAGUUCCUGUUAUUCAUGGAGAACAAAAGACUAAACCAACUCAAGCUGCUAUUAAAGAUUUAAGAUCUUUAGGUUUAACUCCUGAUAUGAUUGCUUGUAGAUGUCAAGAAGAAUUAGAAGUUGCAACCAUUGAAAAAAUUGGUAUGUUUUGUCAUGUUGGACCAGAACAAGUUAUUGCUGUUCAUGAUGUUAAUUCAACUUAUCAUGUUCCGUUAUUAUUAAUUCAACAAAAAAUUAUGAAAUUCUUAUCUAAGAAAUUACAUAUUGGUGAAAUUAGUCAAGAAGCUUCAGUAAAAGGUGACAAAUUAUUAUCAAAAUGGAAAAAAUUAACUACUGCUCAUGAUAGAUCAUUUGAAACUGUUACUAUUGCUUUAGUUGGUAAAUAUACUCAUUUAAAGGAUUCUUAUUUAUCAGUUAUUAAAGCUUUAGAACAUUCAUCUAUGAGUUGUAAUAGAAGAUUAAAGAUUGAAUGGGUUGAAUCUUCAGAUUUAGAAGAAGAAACUAAAGUUUCUGAUUUAUCUAAAUAUCAUAAAGCUUGGCAUUACGUUUGUCAAGCUGAUGGUAUAUUAGUUCCUGGUGGAUUUGGUAGUAGAGGUAUUGAAGGUAUGAUUGCCGCUGCCAAAUAUGCUAGAGAAAAUGAUGUACCAUAUUUAGGAGUUUGUUUAGGUUUACAAGUUGCCGUUAUCGAAUUUGUUAGAGAUGUUUUAGGAAUUAAAAAUUCUACAUCUCAAGAAUUUGAUAGUGAAAUGCCUGAAGAUAUUGCUUCUGUUGUUUAUAUGCCAGAUGUUGAUCAAGUUAAAUUAGGUGGUACAAUGAGAUUAGGUAUUCAUUCAACUAAAUUUGUUGAAGAUUCUAAAUGGUCAAAAUUAAGACAAUUAUAUGGAGGUUCUGAAUCUGUUUUAGAAAGACAUAGACAUAGAUAUGAAGUUAAUCCAAAAUUAAUUAAAUCUAUUGAAGAAAAAGGUUUAAAUUUUAUUGGUAAAGAUGAAACUGAAGCCAGAAUGGAAAUCAUUGAAUUAAAAGAUCAUAAAUUCUUUGUUGGUACCCAAUAUCAUCCUGAAUAUUUAUCUAAAGUAUUAGAUCCAUCUAGACCAUUCUUAGGUUUAGUUGCUGCUUCUGCUGGUAUAUUAGAUGAUGUUUUAGCUAGAGAAGAUUUAAAUUAUAAGGGAGAAUUUUAA